AGUGUCAUGGCAGUGUGCAGAAAGUUUAGACAGACAGUAAACAUGCUGAGGAUCCUGUUGUUGAGUGUGCUGGCCGCUGUAGCGCUGACUGAGCCCAGAUAUCUGGAGGAUCUGGCCAUUGAGGAGAGGGUUAUUGGUGGAGAGAUUGCAAAACCCCACUCCUGGCCCUGGCAGAUCUCUCUCCAGUACCAAUAUGGUGGAAAAUACCGUCAUUAUUGUGGUGGGACUCUGAUCAGACCAGGAUGGGUGAUGGUUGCCGCACACUGCGUCGAAAUUUCCAGAAUAUGGAGUGUUGCCUUGGGUGACCACGACAUCUACACUCAUGAGGGUCCCGAGCAGUACAUAAGUGUCAAGGACGUCUACAUCCACCCCAACUGGAACAACAACACAGGAGAUGGAUAUGAUAUUGCUCUUCUGCAUCUGUCCAUCGAUGCCACUCUGAGCUCAUACGUGCAGGUGGCCACACUGCCAUCCUCUGGAGAGAUUCUGCCCUACGGCCACACAUGUUACCUCACUGGCUGGGGCCGCACGCAGACUGGUGGUUCGCUUUCCGCUCAGCUGAAACAGGCCUAUUUGCCUGUGGUUGACUACGAAACUUGCUCUCAUAGUGACUGGUGGGGAAGCAUAAUGAAGGAGACCAUGAUUUGCGCUGGCGGCACCACCCACAUGUCUUCAUGUCAUGGUGACUCCGGCAGUCCUCUGAACUGUCUGUUCAAUGGUGAGUAUGUCGUCCAUGGCGUGAACUGUUUUAUAGCUUCAUCGGGUUGCAAUACCUACAAGAAGCCAACAGUCUUCACGCGUGUGUCUGCCUACAUCAGCUGGAUAAAUCACAUCAUUUCCGAGAAGUGAGGAGAUAAAAGACAGAAUCCCGUUUUCCCACAUUUAACAUCUGCUAUUGCCAGUAAUACAAUAAACUUCACAUCUAAUCUUA